AUGCAAGAAUACAAAGAUUUAAAGCAUAUGGAACUAGCUGAGGGAUCUGAAUCCAUAAAUGAUUCAUACUACUUGCCUCACCAUGGGGUUUACAGACCAGACAAAAGUAGUACACGUUUAAGAGUGGUUUUUAACGCCUCAACUGCCACGACAUCGGGAUUGUCAUUAAACGAUAUUUUGUUGAAGGAAAGAAUUCCACAGCAGGAAUUAUUUUCUAUAAUGGUUAGAUUUAGAAAACACCGCUACGCCUUAACAGCAGAUAUACAAAAAAUGUAUCGACAGAUUCUAGUCCAUCCUCCACAAAGAAACUUGCUCAGAAUUCUAUGGAAGGAAAGUGUUGAUGCUCCAGUGCAAACUUAUAAGCUCAACACAGUAACGCAUGGGACGUCAAACGCUCCUUAUCUAGCGACUCGAGCUCUUAAACAGUUAGCUAUAGAUGAAAGCCAAAACUUACCCCUAGCAUCGUCCGUCGCUCUCACUGACUUCUAUGUCGACGACAUACUUUCCGGAGAAUCAUCACUCGAAAAGGCUAGAAUUCUACAAGCCCAAUUAUUAGAUUUGUCAAAAUUAGGAAAAAUGGAAUUGCAUAAAUGGCAUUCAAAUCAUCCAGAUAUGCUUGUGUCUGAAAAUACGGUUACCGCUCAUUCAGAAUACAUUUUUGAAGAGCAACAAGAAUCUUCUUCCGUAAAAAUUCUUGGUGUCCUAUGGAAUCCUCAGAUUGACUGUUUUUUGUUUACAAUGACCAUUCCUCACUCUAACAGUUAUAGUAAACGAUAUGUUCUGUCACUAAUUUCGAAAAUGUUCGAUCCACUUGGUUUAAUUAGGCCAGUGGUCACAAAGGCCAAAAUAUUCACUCAAAGGCUCUGGCUUGCUAAACUCAGUUGGACUGACACAUUGCCAGAUUCUAUGGCCAAGAAGUGGAUUAAUUUCGUAUCCACGCUCUCUGAACUAAGUAAUCUUAAGAUUCCUAGAUUUGUAUUCCAGGAAAAUCACAUAGUGCUCCAUGGAUUUGCAGAUGCGUCAUCUUCGCAUACUGAGCUGCAAUCUAUGUUUCAAGCUUUGCCGUUUUCGGGAUUGCCAACCGUUCGACUUUUGUGUAGCAAGUCACGAGUUGCACCUAUAAAAACCUUAUCAAUUCCUAGAUUGGAACUGUCAGGUUGCCUUCUAUUAUCCAGAUUGAUGGAUAAAGUGAUAUCUUCGUUGACUGUUAAAGUAGAAAAAAAAAUUCUUUGA